CUCGCCGUUCCAUAUGAUUUCUCGUUUAAUAGUUGAUUUGUGUACUUCGAGGUGUUCAGUUUUGUAAACAAACCGAUAAUGGAUGCCGUGUGUCGCUUAUGCCUGCUAGGGUCAAACGAUAUGCUUAACAUUAUCGAUGGGUCACCCGAAUCUGGUGUUUCCAUUGCAAAUAUUGUCGCUCAGUACACAGGCUGCGAAGUUAAACGCGGAGACUCCCUUCCCGAAACCAUUUGUUCCUUGUGCCUGCAGGAUGCGCGGAAUUGGUCACAGCUUGCGUGCCAAAAAAAGAAUGCGGAUCCUGAUUCUAGUGAUGAGUUGCUGGAGGAACAAGUCUGCGAAGUAACGGACGGUGAAAGUGAGGAUUCAUCCAGUGAAGAAGACAGCAACUAUCAUUUGGAUUUUCAGGUGAAGCGAGGGAAGUGCGACAACGAUACUAGACGUAGUUGCCUUAACUCUGAGUUCGAUGUCAUAGUCAAGGCUGAGCGAAUUGAAGAAGACCUGGUUGAGGAUGGAAUCUUAGAGGGUCAGACUGAAAAAUCCAAUAGCGACCAAUAUUUUGACCUAGAGGUGAAGGAGGAGCAGAUGGAAGCCGAUGAAGAAGACAACGUCUGCCGACCAUUUAAGUGUAAUUAUUGUUCGCGCAGCUUAUCACGCAAAACGAACCUCAACGCACACAUCCGGACGCACACUGGAGAACUACCUUACAAAUGUUCCUUCUGCCAGAAGUCCUUUAACAUUCGGAAAUCACUAAAAGAGCACUUGCGAAUUCAUACAGGUGAACGACCUCACAAGUGUCCGGAGUGUGAAAAAGCGUUUCGCACUCAGUCGGAUAUGAAGCACCACCAGCUAACACACUCGAAAGAUCGACCGCAUAAGUGCAUGGAAUGCCCCAAGUCCUUUGUCAAGAUGUCGCGUCUCAGGAAGCAUCUUCGCACCCACACUGGUGAACAAACUUACAACUGUACCCGAUGCACCGCCAAAUUUCCGCUGAAGGAGCUCAGGCGCGAACAUUCUCGCAUUCAUAAGAAACCGAAGAAAGAAUCCUUUAAAUGCCCCCAGUGCUCGAAGGUGUGGCCAAAUAAGUCAUCUCUGGCGAGUCAUUUAAAAACUCACGCUAAGGACCGACCGUUUAUUUGCUUCCAGUGUUCGAACACCUUCAAGGAUGGAAGUAACCUGAAAAUACAUAUGUUAACGCACUCCGAGGAAAAGUCAUUUCCAUGUCUUCAAUGUCAUAAGGCAUUCAAGCAAAAGCAAUCAUUACGCAGGCAUCAGAACAAAAUCCACCAGACAGAAGAAAAUACAAAAUUAAAUCUUAGCAAAAGCUAAUCAAUAAACUUACAUACAGGCCAUAAUGUAUGUACAUAUAUAAAAAAAUACUCUUGCCUAAGAUCCUUGGGAAUGGCUUAGAAAUGUUGAUUUUCGAAAAAAUUCUUUUACAAAUAAAUAAACAAUAUGGCUUUUCGCUACAGCAGGCACGACAGGUCUCAGCGAACAUCUACAGAGAAACAAAAUAUGUACGUAUGUACAUGUUUUUUUUUUUUUUUUGA